CCACUUCCACUUGCAUUUGUAAUUUUUCAAAAACGUAGUGUGCCUUUUUAGUCAGUUGUUACAAGUAAACAAGUUUAGUUUUUUUAUGUUUUUCUUUGAGAAAUCUCUUCAAAAAAAUAAUGAAUAAACUGUACAAACCUAAAGUAACAUUUUCAGAUAGUUUAACCAAAGUAUCGAAAAAUGUCCGUCGGGAGAUCCGCCCCCGCAGUCGCAGCGUUUACACCACAAGUUCAUACCUCAGCGACGAUUUGGGAACCCCCCGCGAUCUCAAAUACGAGAAUCCAUCGUCAUGGUCGCCCUACGUCCCAAAACCCAUCGUGGUAAAAAAUUAUUACCCAGAUGACUUGAACAGCGAGACAUGGACGGAUGAUGGGGGCUACAUGGGUGGGACUACAAUCACACCUCAUGGAGUCAUCUCGUUGAGACUACAUGAUCGGAUUCGAGUCGAUAUUUCGCUUGAUAGAGCGAUUAGAAUUAUUAAUAUGAAGAAUUAUAUUGUUUUGGCGUUGAAUGCGAGUGGGAGUUCUGCAGCGUUGAUCCACCCCAAUGGGAGAGUCCUCCAAUAUGGGUCAAGAGUCGAAAUUUUAGCCCAUGAUGGACAAGGAAACAACAAAUAUGCUAAAAUGUGGUACAAGGGGGUGAGUUUCACAAGCGACCAGUGCGCCCUCGUGUAUUUAGUGGACUCUGCUGGAACUCGCACCACUACUGAUACUUUUACCGACUUGACUGGUGAUAUUACUCUUGAUGUUUUCUACAAUCGUCCAAAUUGUGGGCUGGAUUUUGGUUGUGUCACACCUGGUACUCAUUUGGUCAAUGAAGCUGUUAGUAUUCUUCAAUCGGCCAAUUAUUGGCUCACGGAAGACCGAACUGAUAAUUGGAUUAUUAAUAAUGUGCGAAUCUCGCAAACAGCCGAUGGUUUAGUCAGAGUGGGGCGUAAUAGUAACAAGUUCUCUUUGCGUACUUCCCCUACUAAUGGCUCCGCCUCUGUCUCCUCCCCUUACCUACAUUGCACGGGGUCAAUGGGUCAGACACGGCAUUUGUUUGUGCGACGUGGAGAGCGUCGCAUGCAUUACGAUGGUACUACUUUUAUCGUUCGAAAUGCUGGUCAUUCGGCCGGAUUCGACGAAAGACACCAGUUGAAAGUUUAUUGAUUUUUUUGUGGGGGUGGGGGGCAUAAUAUACAAAAAGUGAAAGCUACGACCAAAAAAAAGUGCGAUUUUUCUUGAUAGUGUUGAUGUCUCUCUUGCAUUUCGUAAUGAAUGAUUUUUUUAAGCUGCAUUUAGGCCAUAAUUUGGCAAUAAAUGAUUUCAUGGUC